AGGCUGGUCCUUCAGUGCUGGGGCAAGGGGCUCAAGAGUUCAAGGGACAGGAUGCCAAGCUGUCCAUCAUUAUCGGUGCGAUGGCUGUCUCUGACAUUGUCAAGAGCACGCUCGGUCCGCGCGGAAUGGACAAAAUCUUGCAGUCUCAGUCCGGCGACAUCACUGUGACAAACGAUGGAGCGACUAUCUUGAAGAAGCUCACUCUCGAUAACCCUGCUGCUAAAAUUCUGGUUGACAUCUCAAAGACGCAGGACGAUGAGGUGGGGGAUGGUACGACUACUGUUUGCAUCCUUGCAGGGGCUCUGCUCGCAGAGGCCGAUCCUCUUUUGAGUCAGAGAAUCCAUUCGCAGAUCAUCGUUGAAGGAUGGCGCCUUGCUUUGAGUGCGGCUAGAAAAGCCCUCGAGGGGGCUGCGUUCGAUAUCAGUGCAGACCAGAAAAUGUUCCGCGAAUAUCUGCUCAAAGUUGCCAAGACAACCCUCAGCUCGAAAAUUGUGCACGUCGCACACGAUCACUUCGCAGAGAUUUGCGUGGACGCGGUCCUCAGGUUGAAGGGUUCAGGAAACCUAGAAAACAUUCAAAUCCUCAAGAAGGCUGGAGGAUCUAUGCGGGAUUCGUUUCUUGCACCAGGCUUUAUUCUAGACAAGAAGAUUGGGGUUGGACAGCCGAAGCGUGUUGAGAAUGCCAAGAUUUUGAUUGCGAACACUCCUAUGGACACUGACAAGAUCAAGAUUUAUGGAGCCAAGGUGAAGGUUGAUUCUCUCAGCAAGGUUGCAGAGAUUGAGCAAGCGGAAGCAGCAAAGAUGGUGGCAAAAUGCGACAAAAUCAUGGCGUGUGGUUGCAACGUCUUUAUCAAUCGCCAAUUGAUUUACAACAAGCCUGAGCAAUACUUUGCGGACAGGGGCGUCAUGGCAAUCGAACACGCUGAUUUUGAUGGAAUCGAAAGACUCUCUGCAGUGCUUGGCGGAGAGAUUGCUUCGACCUUCGAUCACCCUGAACUCAUCAAGUUGGGCGAAUGUGAGCUGAUUGAGGAGAUCAUGAUCGGCGAAGACAAACUCAUUCAAUUCAACGGCUGCCGUGCUGGGGAGGCCUGCACUAUCGUCCUGCGCGGGGCGAGCUCGCACAUCCUAGACGAGGCUGAAAGAUCGCUGCAUGAUGCUCUCUGCGUGUUGAAGACCAUCGUCCAGGACCCCCGAGCGAUCUACGGAGGAGGAUGCAGCGAAGUGCUCAUGGCCGAGGCUGUCGAUGCUGUGGCUAAGCAGACGCCAGGCAAGAAGUCCCUCGCCAUCGAGGCGUUCGCCAAGGCGCUGAGGUCCCUCCCCAAGACCAUCGCUGAGAAUGGAGGUUACGACAGCACGGAGCUCGUGACGCAGUUGAGGGCAGCGCACAACAAGGGUCACUCAUCGCAUGGUCUCGACAUGGAGAGAGGAACCAUCGGGGAUAUGAAGGAGCUCGGGAUCACCGAAAGUUUCCGCGUCAAGUGCCAGUCUUUGGUGUCUGCUGCUGAGGCUGCCGAGAUGAUCAUCAGAGUGGACGAGGUCAUCACAUGCGCUCCCCGACAGCGCAACAUGGAGUGAAGCAGAAGCGCUACCCCUCCUCCUUUCUGACAUUAAAACUUGUUUGUCCUC